AUGACUGACAAUAAUUUCGUUGAGUUUAUAAUUUAUAUCUAUGAUGACCAAUCGUACCAAGAACAACAUUUUCAAUUUGUUGACGAUCUUCUUUGUCUAUUAAACGAUCAAACCGACAAGACGAAGGCUUGUUGGAUCGAAGUGAUCAACCGAAGUGACGUCGAAUUACCAGCGAGUAUCAAAACAUUAUGCGAAUACUUUCAUAUUCAUCCAUUGACAAUCGAAGAUAUAACAACGAUCACACCAAAUAUGAAAUUGGAUUUAUUCCAUGAUCAGCCAAUCUUAUAUUUACUCAUACAGAUCAUUUCAUGGAAUGAUAAACAUGUCGAACAACAACAACUCUCGCUCUAUUUGAAAUAUUUCGAAAAUAUUCUAAUUACAUUUCAAAAUCAAUCGACUCGUGGGAAUGAUCUUUUUGAUGAGAUUCGAAAUCGACUGCGACGACAAAGAAUUCAUCCUGGAGAUGAAUCAUUCUUCUCUUCACAUGGCCGAUUAAAACAAAUGCACGUUGAUUACUUAUUCUACUGUUUACUCGAUGCUAUUAUUGUGAAAUAUAUGGACGUCUUAGAAGACAUUGCCAUACAUGUCGAUCAUUUCGAUGAACAAUUAAUGACAAACAAAAGAUCUUUGUCUCUUGAUACAUUCUAUCGUAUCUAUCGUGUCAGACACGAUUUACUUCAUUUAAGAAUAUUAUUCAAUCGAUUGAAAGAAACGAUAUCUCGUCUACAACGGACAAAUUCCAACACCAAUGCAUAUCGUCGAACCGAUCAUACCUAUCGUAUGCAUUUAAACCACCGUCUUGUCCGGCGACAAAAUACGAUUUUCCGCCUAUCACCACAAACAUCCUUUACUCAUUUAAGCGAACUGGCCGACAAUACGAACAGCCCGCCACCGAGACUGCGAAGACCAUCGAUUGUUUUCAAUGAGUACAUCUACAUGUAUUUAAAUGAUUUACAAGAUCAUAUCAAUCAAUCGAUUGACACCGUGGAAAUUCAACGUGAGAGUGUGGCUGCGUUAACAUCGCUUUGGAUUAAUUUGAAUAAUAAUGGAACACAAGAAAUCUUGAAAUUACUCAUGUUGAUCACCGUUCUUUUCAUGCCGUGCAUUUUUCUAACUGCACUCAGUUCAACUAAUUUUCAAGUUCAGCCACAGCUUCAAUAUGAAUAUGGAUAUUAUAUUAUUCUGACUGUCUUAGGGUCAAUAAUUGUCUCAAUGGUGACAUGGUAUAAACUUAAACGGUGGAUUUAA